AUCAAGUUGUCUUCUCUUUGUUUACAAGGCAGAUGGUCUCCGCAGUACAUCCUCACAUGACAUUAACAUUAUGGCAGUUGUCUCCGAUGAAACCCCAAUAAUAUAUUCCCAAUCACAUGUUAAAAAUGACUACUCGAAAGGAACAGGAGCGGUACUAAAACCUCCUGCAGGAGAAUGUUUGGGAACCAGACAUUUCCUUGCCUUUAUGGCCUUUCUAGGAUUUGUGAAUGUAUACUGCUUGAGAGUAAACCUGAGUGUAGGAUUGGUUGCCAUGGUGAAUGACACUGGUACAACGAAAAAUACUAGUGAUGAAGAAGCAUGUGCAGGCCCUGAUUCUGGACAAAAUACUACGGUCAAAGUGGGAGAAUUUAACUGGGACCAGAACACACAAGGGAUCAUACUUGGAUCAUUUUUCUAUGGUUACAUCUGUACACAGAUUAUAGGAGGAAAGAUGGCGGAGAUUAUUGGUGGGAAGAGAAUGUUUGGUUUUGGUGUACUAUGUACUGCUGUAUUGACAAUGCUGACACCGCUAGCUGCCCGAGCUGGUCUCGGUUAUUUUAUAGCCCUUAGGAUUGUUGAAGGUAUCGGUGAGGGAGUAACUUUCCCAGCUAUGCAUGCCAUGUGGGGACAGUGGGCUCCUAUAUGGGAGAGGAGUAAACUUGCAGGGUUUAGUUAUGCUGGAGCCCAGUUAGGUACAGUGAUAGCCAUGCCUAUAUGUGGAAUUCUAGCUGACUCCGACUUCCUUGGCGGAUGGCCAUCAGUAUUUUAUGUUUUUGGUGUGUUAGGCUGUGUUUGGUUUGUAGCUUGGAUGUUACUUGUACAUGAUACACCUGCCAAACAUCCUAGGAUAUCUAAAGUAGAAAGAGAUUAUAUAGAGAAAUCUAUAGGUGUUAGAGAGAAAAUGUCGACUCCAUGGUUAGCCAUUUUGACCUCUCCAGCAGUGUGGGCAACUAGUGCAGCACAUUUUGCCAAUAACUGGGGAUUUUAUACCAUGUUGACCUGUCUUCCUACUUAUAUGAAAGAUGUACUCAAGUUUGAUAUCAAAUCUGAUGGAUUUGUAUCAGCCUUGCCUUACCUUGUAUGCUGGUUGUGUAUGAACCUAUCAUGUAACUUAGCAGAUUUUAUCAGGGGCAGAGGAUAUCUGUCUACUCUUAAUACAAGACGAGUUGUAAACUCAUGUGGCCUCUUAGCUCCAGCUAUACUAAUGUCCUGUAUAGGACUGGUAGGUUGUAAUUAUGUGGUAGUUGUUGUUAUGCUGACCUUUGCUGUAGGAUUGGGAGGAUUCUGUAUGGGAGGUUAUAAUGUCAACCAUUUAGAUCUAGCUCCUAAUUUCUCAGGUACAUUAAUGGGCAUUACCAAUAUGAUAGCUACUAUACCUGGGUUUCUUGGACCAUAUGUUGUAGGGGUUUUAACUAAUAAUCAGGAAACACGAGGGCAGUGGCAGAAAGUAUUUUAUAUAUCAGCAGGAGUGUAUGUGGCUGGUACUGUUAUAUUUGUAUUAUUUGCCAGAGGAACAGAACAGUCAUGGAACAAGCCAAAUGGAGACGUCUCAUUCCGUAAUAACAGAAACGUUUCUUACUCGGUGCUAGAGGGAGAAAAUACAGUGAAUGGUGCUAUAGUUAAGCGAUAGAAUUAAUUUUUUAAAACAAUUUGUAUAAUGCUGUGUUUAUAAAUAGUCUACUUGCCAAAAUUUAGUAAUUGACCAUGUAAUUAGAGAUCUAUUUCUUAGAGUUGUUUCCCUUGUAAUUGUGGAGUUGUUUCCCUUAGAAGAGACAUAAUUUAUCAUAGCUAUUUUAAAACUAGAAUUAAAAGCAAAUUUGUCUGUGUGUUAUGUAUAUUAUCUUUACUUUUACAUUACUUUCAAUUACAUUUUUUUUUAUACACUCAAACUUUUGUUAUCAAUUAUAGAUAUUUUUCAAUAAAAAAUGGUCAAACCCAACAAAUUGAACGACCUUGACUUGCUAUACAGCUCUUGUACGGUAGAUGGGUCAAAACCCAUGUAUCUGUCUCAACAAUAGCAAGCUUUGCAUGGGUAAUUUGUUUAUAAGUAGUCUUCAUUUCACAUAGGGAAACAGCUUAUUUCUAAAGUUUGUAAUAACAGAAUCAAAUUAGAAUUGGCAAAUAGAUUAUUUUUAGUUGUUUAGUUAAGAUUAUAGAUGAGAUUGUAGUUUUUAUUAUUUAUUUUCAUAAACAUGCUGUCUUGAAAUGUGUGUUCAAUUUAUAUACCCAUACAAUUGCUAAAUAUAGAUUCUACAACUGCAUCGAGUGCAGUAUGAUAUUUAUACACUUGAGACAGUUAAAUUUUCAAAUUUAAAAUUUAACUGUGGAGAGUAAAUAAAUAUCGUAUUACACCAGAUUUGGUGGUAGAAUCUGUUUCUCUAAUGAUUUUCUAACAUUAUGCAGGCAAACUUAUUCAUUCUUUUUGAAUGAUCUACACAAAGAUGUGCUCUUUCUAUGUGACGUCAUCAGGCAUGGUCGCCUUUUUUCAUGCCUUCACAAUAGGAAUUUUAGAGGAGAGCAAGGAAAUUCGACGUCAUAAUCGGAUUUUAACCAAUGAAGUACUGAGAUCAAACAAUCCACACGUUGAUUUUUUUUUUUUUUAUACAAUGGGUGCAGAAAAGGAUAAAUUGACGAAGAAUUAGAGAAACAUUUAUAAUUGUUAUUACCUGGUUAAUGUAGACCAACUUAUUUUAUUGAGUGAUAUGAAACUUACAAGAAUAGUAAAUGAAACAAAUACAUUUUUUUCUUGUAUGAUAAACUUUUAUCUUCACUGUGACCAAAAAUUUAGUGAAAUAUCAUUGUAACUGCAUAACUUAUAAACAUACGUUGUAAACAGUAAUCUAGCUAUUAUGUUGUAUAAAAGGAUUUUCACAGUGAAAACCUAACUUACUGCUUAAAUUAAAUAUGCAAAUUUAUGAUGGUAGACUUUUUUGCUUUGUUUAUUAGGGCAUUCACAUAUUAUU